CCCCCUCGCCCUCACCCUCCUCACCCCACUCCUCCCGAUCUGCGAUAAACUAAGUGAUAGCAGCAGCCCGUCGGACUGUCGGCUAUAAAGCACAACAAAUCAUAAAGUGCAGGCAGGGGAAGGCAGAGGAAGGAGAACGGGAGGGAAAGCCGUUAGCCGCUAGCCUCUUCUACUCCUCCUCCCUCUUCUUCUUCUUCAUCAUCGCGUUAGCGUGGAUGUUGUGUUUGUUCCGUGUCUUCCUGUCCUCCCCUCUCCUCUUCUUCUCCUCUUCUCUCUUCUCCUCCUUCUUCUUCUAUCUUACUUCCUCCCGAUGAGUUCCUAUUUCGUCAACUCCACUUUCCCGGUAACGCUACCGGGGACGGGUGCCGGCGGGCAGUCGGCGGAGUCGUUCCUGGGUCAGAUCCCGCUUUACUCGUCGGGAUACGCCGCCGACCACCCGCUCCGGCACUACUCGGGGGCCGCCGCCGUCUCCGCCGCCGCCACGGCGUACGGCGCGAGCAGCGGCGUCGUUCACCAGGAGAAACCGUACCCCGCGCCCUCGUACUACCAGCAGGCGGCGAACGGAGCAUACGGUGCGCACCGGGCGGCGCAAGGGGUCGUUGGAGCUGGCGCUUGCGACUACGCGGUGGCGGCAGCGGCGGCGGCUGCGGCGGCCACGAGCUUUUACCGGGACAAGGAGCACGCGUGCACCCUGGAGGAGCAUCAGCUCGCUAUGAGCCAGGAGGGAAUGCACCGUAAAGUUGAGUGCGCGGGGCUGAGUGGGAAAGGGGUGUUCGGCGAAACGAUGGACGACAAGCUACCGUCGUCAGCCCCUAUUUAUCCGUGGAUGCAGCGGAUGAACUCCUGCAACGGGACCUUCGGCAGCCCCGGGAGGCGCGGACGGCAAACGUACACGCGCUACCAGACGCUCGAGCUGGAGAAGGAGUUCCACUUCAACCGGUACCUCACGCGGCGGCGACGCAUCGAGAUCGCGCACGCGCUCUGCCUCACGGAGCGGCAGAUUAAGAUCUGGUUCCAGAACCGGCGGAUGAAGUGGAAGAAGGAAAACAAGAUGAUCAACUCCUCCUCGUCGUCGUCCUCCUCUUCCUCCACGGCGAACGGCACGGAGGAAGAGGAGAAACGGGCGGAGUGAAAGUGGAGAAGAAAAAGACUGAGAAGAGAGGAAGAUGGAAGGAAAAGACAUGUUGAUCCCUUCCCCUUCCUUUUCCCGUCUCAAAGUUCGUCCAGGCGCGUGUCUGAUGUGAAAACUCUGGGAGAAAUGAACGCAGCCUACAUGAUACUAUAAUUAUUUCCAUUUUAUUUUUUUACAGCAGGCGGAAAAUAUUCUUUUUAUCUAUGUGGUCUGAACGUUGGAUUUCAUUCGCACAGAGGACAGAUACAAAUUAGAAAUGGGAGACAAUAACUGCAAAACGAGAGCAGUGGGCUCCCGAAGAGUGUUUAAACAUACAGCAAACAAAUAACCCGCCACCGAAUGGGGAGAAACUGACUACUCAGUAAGAGAAACCGGCCUUCUGAAUGUGCUCUCAUUUCAUAAUACUCAAAAUGUAACCCCUGUCCACCAAGCACUUGCUUUCGAAAUAUUUAGGAACCCACUGAUUAUAAUUUAAUAUUUUAUAAGUGUUGAAUUAUACCCGCGGUUAAACGCGCAGGCAAGCUCACGCGCCGACGUGGAGGAGAACGAGCUAUUGGAGAUGUGUAUGUAAUGUUUUCAUAUUUAUGUACAGAAACAAGCAAUCAUCUUGCACGGUGAAAAUAAUGUCAUGUUGGGGUCAGGGAUAAGGGGUAAUUUAAUCUUUCGAGGGGUUUUCCAGUAUUGGGGGGGAGGGGUGUUAUCCUACUGAUGUUGUUCUCCAGACUACCUAAAAAAACCUUCAGGAAAGUGUAUAUUUUAUGAAUUUUUACAUUGUUUAUGUUAGUGUUUUUGUCAAGUCAUUGCAUAUUCUACCUAUGAGACAUGUUCAAUAAAAUGUAAAGUAGAAA